AUGUCAACGGGCAAUCCCGAUAAGACUAAAACUAGACUGUCCGUGCCCUCUACUAGCGCCGCUAGAGUUUCGCCUAACCCCCCUGUGCCUAGAUCCAAGAAGGACUCGGCUCUUCGUGCAUCCAGCACAUCACCGAUCCCCGCACGGUCAGCUAGUGUUUCGCCCACCUCCGGCACCAAGCCUCUGAUCCUCGUGACCAAACCUCCGUCGGUUCCUUCGACCAAGGCUGUUUCCGUCCCAGUUCCUCGGCUGCCAAUUGUUACGCGUUCUCACAGCAAAAUGGCACACAAUGUGGUAGACUCGGCAUUGAAUAAGUUCAUCGCCGCGACUGACCGUGUCAGUCACUUUGCGUCGCGACUUAACAAUGCUUCUACUGACAGCGCGUCCCUGUACACGUGCCAGGUCCGGAGGGACCAGAUGCGUGCCUUUGUGGGACAAGGUCGAGAAGGAUGGUCCGCUCAGCUAAGUGAGCAAAUAGCUGAGGCCUCCCAGGCCAUCACUCCUCGUACACCCGUACAACCCCCAGCCGUGCCGUUCGUGUCCACAGGGUGUCGCCUACCUCCGUGCGACACCGAAGUUUUCGGAGGCGAUUAUACUCGCUGGCCCACCUUCCGAGACUUAUUCACGGCUAUCUACAUCCGAAAUCCUAGACUGUCGGAAGUUGAGAAACUUUUCCAUCUCAACUCCAAGACCAGCGGUGAAGCCCAUGCCAUUGUGUCAAAGUCUCCUUUGACCAAUGAAGGGUUUCAGUCGGCAUGGUCCAGCUUGACUGCGCGUUUUGAGAACAAACGGUUGCUCGUGAACAGUCAGCUGCGUAUCCUUUUUAAUUUGCCCGCCAUCGGGCAAGAGUCGGGUGCAGCCAUUCAAGAGUUGCAAAGCACUAUCCAAGGGUGCUUGACGGCUUUGGAGCACUCCAAGAUCAAUACGGAGAAUUGGGAUUGCAUCCUGGUUUUCCUGUGUUCUUCGAGGCUCCCCAAAUUGACCCUUUCUCUUUGGGAACAGUCCAUCCAGAAUAAGAGCGACGUUCCAACGUGGGCUGACAUGAACGCUUUCCUUCUAGAGCGGUAUCGCACCCUAGAAGCGAUAGCGGAAGUGUCAGCCAGCACGAGCGCUCCGACGGUUCCGCGUGCCUCACGCAAGGAGGCCCCCGUCGCCAAGCAGGUAAACUCCUUUGAGAGUCGGGUAACUUCAAAAACCCAGUCCUGCAAGUUGUGUUCCCGGGAGAAUCACCCGAUUCGUUUGUGCCCGCGUUUCCUCCAGAUGGGUAUCAACGAUAGGUCAGCUAACGUCCAAUCCUUCGUGGCAGUUAACACACAAGGUGUUCUGCUCAGCACAGCUGUCAUUCAUGUAUGCCAUCUCGGCGUCCGCUAUACAGCUCGGGCUCUGAUCGACUCCGGAUCAGAAGCCACCUUCCUCUCAGAGAAGUUGUUCAAGCGCUUGAGGAUGCCGUAUACAUCCGUGCAAGCCCGCGUUUCUGGGCUGACACAAGCUGUGGCAGCCCAGCCCCGAAAGUUUUGCCAAUUCUUAAUUGGCUCCCCGGUCAGACCCGAUUUGCAGAUCGAGGCGUCGGCGUACGUCCUCCCCCAGUUAGCGGGGAAUCUGCCCUCAUGUUCCGUCCCACAAACACUCCUCGAAAAUCUGCCCAGCAUCCAGCUGGCAGACCCCAAAUUCUAUGAGAGUUCGCAGAUUGAUGUGCUACUAGGCGCUGACAUCCUCCCGUCCAUUCUGCUCGGCGGCUCUCACCCUAACAUUUGUGGGACCCUCCUCGGUCAAGAGACCAUUUUCGGUUGGAUCCUGACUGGCCCUGUGUCGGGAUCCAUUUCAAAAUCCAUUUCGUCCUUUUCAGCUCGACUGUCCGUCGAGCGAACUCCGCCAUUGGAGGAACUCCUCUCCAAAUUUUGGGAGGUGGAGGACCUGCCGGCUAGCCCAGCAAAAGAAUCUGACCUUUUUUGUGAGGCUAACUUCAACGCCACGACCGUGCGAACCUCAACGGGUCGCUACAUGGUCACGCUCCAUUCCGCGAUCCUGGUCACGUUGACCUGGGAACAAUAUGACUCCGUUAUUCAAGAGUAUCUGGAUUUGGGUCACAUGACUCAAGUCCCCCCAUCCAGUUCCGGCAACUACUAUUUGCCGCACCACGCUGUUCUCAAGCCCGACAGCACCACCACAAAGCUCCGCGUUGUAUUCAACGCCUCCAGCCCGACUUCAAACGGGAAGAGUCUGAACGACAUCCUCCACACUGGGCCAAUCCUUCAAUCCGACCUGACCAUUCAAAUCCUGAAAUGGAGGUUUUUCAAGUUCGUCUUCAACGCUGACAUCACCAAGAUGUAUCGGCAAAUCCUUGUGGAUCCCAACCACACCCGGUUUCAAAGGUUGCUCUUCCGUACUCCAGACGAGAAGUUAUGCGACUUUGAACUCAACACAGUCACCUUUGGAGUGAACUGUGCUCCGUACCUGGCUAUCCGCGUUCUGCAUCAGCUUGCGAGUGAUGUUCGCGACCGGUACCCCCUUGCUAGUGACAUCAUCGCCAAUUAUAUGUACGUUGAUGACGUCCUAGCAGGAGCUCACACUAUGCAGGCUGCGGUGUCUGCUAUAGAUGAGCUUCGAACAGCGCUCGAGAGUGCUGGGUUCCCUUUGCGUAAGUGGACCUCGAACUCGAAAGAUGUGCUGAGAAGAAUCCCUAAGGAUCACUUGCUCUGUGCAGACUUCCUCGAGAUCGACGAAGCUAGUGUCGCAAAGACGCUAGGCAUUCGUUGGCGGGCCACGUCCGACGAGUUCUUUUUCGUCACCGCCGAGAUGGUGUCCAAACCAUCUUUCAGUAAGAGAGAAGUGCUGUCGCAGAUCGCCAAGUUGUUCGAUCCUGCAGGUUGGCUUGCUCCUGUGGUCAUUUGGGCCAAGAUUUUUAUGCAAGAAAUCUGGAAGCAAGAAAUCGGCUGGGACGACUCCUUACCGGCGGAUCUCACAGAGCAGACAUCCGCAUUCCUAGAUGGACCAACUACGCUCCCGGCGCAAAAAAUCCAAUUCCACGGGUUUUGCGACGCCUCUCAAAGCGCGUAUGGAGCCGCUCUUUACGCACGUGUGGAAACAGGUGGACAAGUGUCUGUGAGCCUUCUAGCAGCGAAGACUAGAGUUGCACCUAUCAAGACGGUCUCUCUACCUCGUCUUGAGCUGUGCGGAGCUCUCCUGUUGGCAGAAUUAUCCGCCGCCCUCCUACCACAUUUUCCCACCCCCGACGCUGAGACGUACCUGUGGACAGAUUCCACUAUCGUUCUGGCAUGGUUGGACAAGCAGCCAUGCAAGUGGACCACUUUCGUGGCGAACCGAGUGGCCAAGAUUCACUCGGUGAAUGGCACUUGGCAGCAUGUUCGUUCCGAACACAAUCCAGCCGACCUGGCAAGCCGCGGUGUCUCGCCGCAAGAGCUACUGGGCAGUCGCCUUUGGUGGCAGGGGCCCGAAUGGCUGACGCACUCACCAGCGCAGUGGCCUUCACCGGUCAUUGGGCUCGAUACUGAAUUGGAGUGUCGAGCGGUGAAGGUCCAUGCAGCGCAAGUCCUAUGUGAGGACUUCCUCGACCGUUUCUCCAGGUUCGAUCGAGCGCUCCGAGUGUUUGCGUAUGUGCGAAGGUUUGCCCAGCGUUGCCGCCAACCCAAGGUCUCGUUUCCAGAGACGCUCAGCUCUCAAGAGCUUGCAGAAGCUCAAGAGAGGCUGAUUGUACAGGCUCAGAAUCGGGUAUACGCGAAAGAGUGUGCUUCCCUCCGGUCCCAUAAUCGUCUAAUCGGGUCAAGCGAUAUCCUAAGCUUGAAUCCGUUCCUUGACAAGCAAGGUGUCCUGCGUUCGUGUGGACGCGUAAGAGCGUCCACCUCCUUAUCCUACGACGAACGGCAUCCAAUAAUUCUCCCGUUCGGCUGCGUGUUCUCACGCCUCCUGGUUUCCUUCACGCAUCAAGUCUCCCUCCAUGGAGGCAACCAAUUGGUGAUGCGGCUGGUCCGAACCAAGUUCUGGAUUCCCAAGCUAAGGAACUUGGUGAAGACAGUGAUUAGUGCAUGCAAGACCUGUGUGAUUCAUCGCCGCAAGCUCCAGUCGCAGUUGAUGGGUGAUCUCCCAAGCGCCCGGUCGACUUUUUCGCGACCUUUCACUAACUCCGGAGUAGACUUCGCCGGUCCCUUCGACGUCAAGAGCUACGUCGGACGGGGCUGCAAGAUUACGAAGGGUUACGUAUGUGUCUUCGUGUGCUUCAGCACGAAGGCAAUCCAUCUUGAGGCGACCACGGAUCUGACAGCGGAAAAGUUCUUGGAAGCUUUCUCCCGAUUCGUGGCACGGCGCGGGUGCCCUCUCCACAUGUACUCUGACAACGGGAAAACGUUCGUCGGAGCCUCCUCCAUUCUCUCCAAAGAAUUUGUGGAGAGCACCCGCAACCUGAUUGUCACCACUCACAGCCAUCAAGGUCUUGCAUGGCAUUUCAACCCACCUGGUGCCCCUCACAUGGGGGGUCUCUGGGAAGCGGGCGUCAAGAGCUUCAAGACGCAUUUCUACAAGACGGUUUCCUCCGUAAAACAUACGUUCGAGGAGCUUUCCACCCUCCUAUCUAAAAUUGAAGCGUGCCUCAAUUCGCGGCCUUUGACUCCUAUGUCAGAGGAUGUGAGCGACUUGGCGGCACUUACUCCCGGUCAUUUCCUGAUCGGGGGUCCGCUACUCUCCAUGGCGGAGCCAGAGUCCAGAGAGGAUGUGGAGUCCAUCCGCAACCGCUGGCAACGGCUCAAGGCUCUCCAUCAGCAUUUCUGUGUGCGAUGGAAGAACGAAUAUCUGAAGGAAUUGCAUAAGCGGAAUAAAUGGCAGUCACCUUCACGCGAUCUCCAAAUCGGUGACAUGGUGGUCAUCAGAGAGGAGAAUAUACCGCCACAAGAAUGGCGCCUCGGGCGUGUGCUGACCGCUUGCCCAGGCGCUGAUGAAAGGGUCCGUGUGGUUGACAUCCAGACGUGUCGUGGUGUUUUCCGCCGACCAGUUGCAAAGCUGGUCCUCCUUCCUACGGGACACGCGCUCUGA